AUGUUACCAAAGUGUUUGGGGGAUAAAAUUGAAAAAGUUCAAAAAAGAGCUUUCCGUAUUAUUUAUCCGACAACAGAUUACGAAGAUGCUCUCAAAAUCGCUAAAUGCAAGCGCCUUGUCGACAGACGUCAAGAGCUAUGUGCUAAAACUUUCAAAAAGAUCUUAAAACCCGAUGCUCACCUCAACCACCUCUUACCCCCACUCCGUGAAGAAUCGCAUGAACUGGACUUAAGACACAAUUCUAACUUCACAUUAACUAAAUGCAGAACGGAACGUUUUAAAACUAGUUUUAUACCAGCCAUGACUGCUAAUUUUAAUAGUAAAUAA